UCUGCUGACGUCUUCCCUCUAUCACACAUCAGACUUUUCCCAGUGGAGCUGGAAAACAAGCUUCAAUGAAAACUGCCUGCUUGCGGCUGUAAAGGGAUUGCAGGCACCACAGACACUACUAUUUCUGCUUUUCCCUUCCUGGCCAGGAACAUAAACCCAGAAACUUCAUCAGCAGGUUGGAGAAGCUGCCUCAUUGCCUGGUAAACCUGGGAUAAUUUAUUUCUCUCUUCAGAGUCACUUCUUUUCCCUGCUGUUAUUGAGGCUUUUUUUUCCUACUUCAAAGUGAAGGAAACCAGGCUAAACUUUGAAAGGGACUGAAUGAAAUACAUACUGCUUGAGAAGAAGAAUCGCAUGAUUCUUGUGUAACAUCUGUGCAGCCUGAAACAAUGGUUUUGUCUAUCCCAGUUCUAGCUCUGGGUGCCACCUUGGGGACUGCAACUAGUAUCCUUGCCCUCUGCGGUCUCACCUGCUUCUGCAAAUGCAGGCGACCUAGGAAAGGACUCUUGGGAAAGGACCAAGACAUGGACACUGAAAAUGCUAAGCCCAGUAUGCUUCAGCCAGUCCAGCAGUUUAGCGUUAAGAAGACUACUGAACCCAUCCAGCCUCGGACCCUCCUGAAGUUUCCCAACAUCUAUGGCCCAAAGCCAGUCGUGACUGCCCCAGAAAUUGUUAACUAUGUGGAUUAUGCCUUGAAGACAACUGAAGAGCCAACUAGAGGAAAAGAUGACAUUCAGGAUCAGAAUAGAAUGAAGAUACAAGUCAAUGAAGAGUUAUUUGUUCUCCCUCAAAAUGUUCCAGGUGCAGUAAAGGAUGUGUGUGUCACCGAGCACCUGAACCCUGAGAAAGCAGCCAGCUGUAACCAGGUCCCUGAACUCUGCUAUUCCCUUGGGUAUGAUCGACAGAAAGCUGAACUGUGUGUGGCCUUUCUUGAAGCUGUGCAUGGAAGCAUGAUAGGGGACCAGGAUGCUGGCUGUGACUGCUACAUCCUGGGCACCUUGGUGAGCAAGUCUGGCACCACAGAGACCCAGACAGUGCUGAAGAAGAAAGCGCACCACAUCAUCUGGGAGGAAGCUCUACUGUUCCCAUUAGCUGAGGAGGAGGUGCUAGAAGGGAUGCUGACUCUCACCCUGAGGAACUGCGACAGGUUCUCUAGGCACAGCAUUGUUGGGGAAAUUAAACUGAGCCUGGCUAAUGUGGGGGAACCCUUCAAAAUGGCACAGUGGGAGAAACUGAAGGCCCCUGAGAAGGAGCCAGAUGCAGGCUAUGGGGAGAUACUCUUCUCCAUCAGCUAUCUGCCAGCAGCAAACCGCCUGCUUGUGGUGCUCAUAAAAGCCAAGAACCUCCAUUCCAAACAGCUGAAAGAUCUCCUGGGAAAAGAUGUAUCUGUCAAGGUGACCUUGAAGCACCAGUCUCUGAAACUGAAGAAGAAGCAGACAAAGCCUGCAAAACACAAGAUCAACCCAGUCUGGAAUGAGAUGAUCAUGUUUGAAGUGCCCCAUGAGCUGCUACGUGCCUCCAGCGUGGAGCUAGAAAUGCUAAGCCAAGAUGGCCUAGGGCAGAGCCAAUCACUGGGCAAGUGCAGCCUGGGUCUGCAUGCCACAGGCACAGAGAGGAACCACUGGGAGGAAAUGCUGAGGAACCCCAGGAGGCAGAUGGCCAUGUGGCACCAACUUCAUAUGUAGCCAUACAAUCUCUGUCAUGACCAGCCAACUGCCUUUCAUACUGGGAGGUCUCUGAGUCAGGAGGAGUAAGCCAAGUUAUAUUUCAUCUUGCAGGAAUGUGAACCACACCCAUCCACAAAAUGACCAAUCACUGCAUUCUGUUAUGGACACUGCCUUUUUCGGGACUCUCUCAAGCUAGACCAGGCAAAGUCCUGGAGCCUACAUUGUAGGGAAGAGUCCUGAACUCUCUCAUAGGGAUGGAAUGCAUGACCCCAACAGACCUCUAACUUCUACAAGGACAAGAUUCUGACACUGAAAAGCCGCUGGUGAAAAUAAAUGGGGACUGUCAGAUAGGCUUUUGUAUGUGUUACAUUUAAAGGUGAGCUGAAAAGGGAAAAAAUGGGCUCGCGCUAUUAUUUACUGCUUUAUGAUGGAGAAAGAAGGCCUGAUUUUUAAUUAUUUAGUUAUUUCUCUGCUUAUUUUAUAUGUUCAGGUCUUAUCUACCCUGCUUUCCCUUGAAGACUCUAUAGAUGACUGGAGAGCUAGCAGGUAUACAGCAUACUUAAUCAGGUUCCCCUUCUAUGGUAAGAGGGGAAGUGAGUUUUAUUCACGGUGUUCAAACCACUUUGUCUUUUCAUGAACAUUUUUAAAUCAAACACUUGACAAACUGUUUAGAAGAAAAGCUCUCUUUGUUAAAGGUUUAACACCUCUAGCCCUUCAAUUAAUGGCAGAGAGAGAGCUCCAUCUCUGUGUCUAGCUCUGCUAUAGAGACCGCCGGCAAAACUGGGAAGCACAGAUUGAGAUUUUUAAGGUUAAUAUGUACAAGAAGAAUUUUUCUAUGAAUACAAAAUGAGAAAAGGGCACAACCCUCCUUUGUUUGUUUUUGCCACUGUAAAUCUUUUUUCAGAAACACUGGAUUUCUGAACUCCUCUUGGGAAUGUAGAGUUCAGGCUCAAAACUCAGGCCUUCGCCUAUGUCAUAAUGUGGUAGCCAAGCUUCUCUAGUGGAAGCGACUGGGCUCUCUGCAUGGUUCAACCUCACCAAAUUAGAGAUGUUAACACACACACUAUCAUUUUCCCCUGGUAUAUACUUAAAAUCUGUCCCUAUUCCUGUGGAAAAAAACAAGUAAUGGAAAUAGAUGGGCCAAAAGGUUAUAAUUCAGUCCCAGGUUUCUGACCUGUCAACAAAUCUUCCUCACCAAAGCCCCCAUUGAGGUGGUGGUCUCUGCAAUAGUUGUGUCCAUUUUGCAGUCAAUGUUUUCCAUAUUGCUUUAGGUGACCAUAUGGAAUAAAGAUAGCAAAAAUAAACUGAUUCCUGAGAUAUGAAAAAGAGAGAAGCUACGUGAAGGGAAAAAGAGGCAGAAAAGUAAAGAGACAGUAGAACAAAGAGAAAGAUGGAGAGAGAGAGAGAGAGAGAGAGCAGAUUAUAUAAAAACAGUGAGAGAGGCAAAGAAGCAGAAGUAUUCUCCUGAUAGGGUACUGUACAAACCCAGCCUUUGAAGGGAGCACUUCCAAACCCUGUGUCUGGAUUCCUUCCUGUUCCUUCGUUGCUGGAGUCUUUGCUAUCUUGGAUUUAGGGUUGCUAAAAGCCAUUGAAAACAUGAAAGUUUCAAAGUCUCUUAUCCCAAAUCUAUGUGUGUAAGUAGUGUAUACCUCUUUCCUCCCAGUGUUCUUGGGGGAGCUCUCCUCUCUGUCUCUCACAUGCAGGUCAUUGACAUAAGAACAGCCAUACUGGGUCAGACCAAAGGUCCAUAUAGCUCAAUAUCUUGUCUUCCGACAGUGGCCAAUGCCAGAUGCCUCAGAGGGAAUGAACAGAACAGGAGAUCCAUCCCACAAUUCAGAAAAAUCACUGACGGCGUUCUAUCCGGUUAUUGACAAUAACUUGCCACAAAUCCUUCUACUUAUUGCUAUCCUUUCUGCUCAGAAAUAGACUAAUUUCUGAAGUGAGCAGGUGUUGGAUAUUCUGAUUAUGUUCCAGGAAGUAGAUGAGACUGAGUAACUUACAUAGGAUUGUUUCACCAAGUUUGGGUUUGAUGCUGAGGUGCCAUACUGAAACCCAAUCUUAGUUACCAGCACCGCUUAGAAGAGCAACCCAGAAGGCUGCCAGGUACUACAUCAUCUCAGGACUGAAUGACUUUCUCUUCACUGGCCCACUAACUCACCAUCACCUUUCUCUUGUGCUUUUGAGAUUUGGCAUGACUUAAGUGUAAUUAUUUACACUCCUUUCCAUGUCUUGGGAUACAGAAGGGGUAUCAUCAACAGAGAUGUUGCUUUGUCUCUAUGAGCUCACUGCUUGUCCUGCCACUCCAUUGCAAACAGCGGGCUCACCUUUAAGAGACUUGCCUGGGGACAAGGCAUUCAAGGGGCUAAAGAUAUAAUCAUAUUGUCCAUAGCUCUGGAAUACUUAAGAGUAGGAUACGAGACUAAAAUUACAGUGCUUUCCACUUAAUUCUAGCAAAGAUCGGAUUGAUCCACCCUUUAAUUUGAGUAAAACUACAAAAACCAAAGCAUUUAUAUUAGCAAUUACCCAAUCUUCACCACAUUUAAUAAGAUUUGGUCACUUUAAACCAGUGUUAUUCACAGGUUGUUCCCUGGCCUACAGAAGAUUGCGGCUUAAUUAAUAAGCAAGAGCCAAAAUUCUGAACAAGAUGGAGGAACAGCCCGCACAAGACUCAUGGAGAUGCUAAAAGAUGGAUUACAGUGAAAAGUUGUGUUAGCCACUCUGGUGUGCAUUCCAGUUUACACAGCACGAUGCCUAUAUCAUCAACAGCAGUAUAAUAAGAUCGAACAUUUAUUUAAAUCAAAGUAAUAAAUUUGGACUUGAUUGAAAUAAGAGGCUGCAUGUUGGUGAAUCAUACCCUAUACAUCUUAGCUUCUGAUUAUCCCUGUUUUACAAUUAUAAAAUUGUAAUAUACCAUGAAUUAAUAGUGUUAAUUUACAGUAAUGAUAAGACUAUAGUAUCAUUCAGGAUGUUUGAUCCCAACCUCUUGCAGUAUAAUCUGGAACUUUUUUUGGUUUUGUUUUAACUGUGCAAACCAAUUUUAACAUUGUCUCCUCUAUAGUUUCCUCAGAGUGGUGUUAACCUGCCUUAUUUUGAUGAUAAGUUAUUUUUUCAUGCUGUUAUGAUAGUUAGCUGGCACUGGAGAGCCCAAAGGGCCAGAUAUUUCUGUGGUCAGAAAUCCAGGUCAUCAAGUUACUGAUCACAAUUCAAGCAUGGUGGUACUAAUUAAACUGGUUGUUAUGGUUCAUUAUAGUUCAGAGGGGAGUGAAAUUGUGGAAAUACAGCAAAGAAUCCUGUGGCAUCUUAUAGACUAACAGACAUUUUGGAGCAUGGCAUGCAUCUGACGAAGUGGGUAUUCACCCACAAAAGCUCAUGCUCCAAAACGUCUGCUAGUCUAUAAGGUGCCACAGGAUUCUUUGCUGCUUUUACAGAUCCAGACUAACAUGGCUACCCCUCUGAUUGUGGAAAUAGUGGGGUAGCACGGAGGAAAGGCUACUGCAUUGGAAAUGCAGCUCCCUAAUUCCAUAUGUACCACUUGUCAUACAUGUUUCCCCAUCUGUGGAUUUUUUACUAUUGGGACUACAGAACCUGACUUGUGACCAGUAUGUAAAAAAAACAAACCAAAAACCAUCUAUUCAGUUACAAUAUGUACUGUAACUGUAGGGUGCUGUGUCCCAGCUGUGUGGAUAGUUCUGUUCUCUCAGUUAGCGCUGAAUCAAUGUACCAGCGCUGAAGUAAGGGAGGAUAGCUGGAAAACAUUGUUGGUUAUUAAAGUUUCCAUGCUAUGUUUUGUAAGUCAGUGUUAUAUUUGGUCUCUUUGCCUAAUUCUAAUGAUGUAGCAGCUCGAUCCUGUCCUCCCUAAACUGCCCCUGCAAUUUCAAACUUCCGGUCCUAAAUUGUUCAGCAUGUGGCUGCUUUCUGUGAAACAAAUGGUGUGUUUGAUAUGCAAAGGAAUUUCAUUUCAGUGAUGAAUGAAGUGAUCACUAUAUAUUCUCACCAGGGUCAGCAUGAGGCUCAGUAAAUUGAUGGACUCAGUUAUGCUUUCACACAUUGAAAUGCAACUCCAUUAAAGUCAAUAGACUUGCACCAGUAAAAGUGAGAGGAGAAUCUGGCCCCAUGUUUGGAAAGACUCAGAGGAAAGGAGCUAGAGAAGUGUAUGAUAUUAUCACCAGAUACAAAGUUUUCCCCCCACCCUCAAGAUGGGAGGAGGUUGUAGUUUGGCUCCAUUAGAGAGAGAAACCCAAGAGCUGAAGGCUCUAAAUUCAAGUUUCCCCAAUGUUUGCCUUGGAUUUGAAUCUGAGAUUCCAGACUGAGCCCCUCUUUUAUCAUUAAUGAUACACAGGAAAUUCAGUUAUCUUACAAUUACAACCAGCAUUACUUGAUUCCUAUUAUGUCCAGCUGAAGUACAUACUGGACUCACUUGUAAUUACCUCCACUUCACAGUGUAAAGAGUUAUUGAUUCUCUGUUAUGUACUGUGUAGUGCAAGUUGUCAAUUGUUAUUCACCAGCAAAUGCAUGAUUCAUAUGUGAUUCAAUAAUGAGGUGGAAAAUAGGGUACAAUCCACAUCAGUAACAGAGGCUAGAAUUCAACAUAAUGACAUUUAUUAGCACUAUGACAAAUUUAACAAAGGCACUGAACUGAUGUGGCGUUGGCCUCAUUUCUUGCACUUUUGUGAAGGUCAGUUUAGGUCUAAUUAGAUCUAAUUAAAGAGCUGAGAUGGAACAUGUUACAUGUUUUAAAGUUCAGAACAAUCACAACUGAAUUUUGUUCUCUUAAAGAAAGUUAACAGAGUGAUGAACUAUCAGAAAUAAUAAUACUUAGCAGUCAGCUAGUUCUUUUAACUGCUAAGUCUCAAAGGAAGGAAGAAUAUUGAACAGCACAGAAAAAUGGCGAUGUGUGCUUCCAAGAGGAAUGACCAAGCUCUUCUGGUUACUCAGCCCCUUUCACUGAUGUCUUAAUUGUACAGAAUCAGCUUUUGGUUGUCCACCUUGUACUCACAGUCCAAGACACAAAAGGAGAGCAUGAGACUUGUCAGUCGUGUAGGACAUUACAGCACAAAUGUAAAUCUUCAAUAGUAAA